AGGAAUUAAGCAUGAUUAUUGUAUAGCAAAUUAAUAAUUUAUAGUUCAAUAAAUUAUACCUCCUCCUCUUGCCAUAUUAUAAGCAUUUUUCUCAUCUAUAUUGCUCAUGGUAACUGAAUCAUUAGUAAUUGUCGGUAGAAAAAUACCAGCAGGUAUGCCACAAGGCGACAAAUUGCAGCAGUUCCCAGGUGCGGCGUUCGGCGGAAAAUAUAAACAUAUUCAAACCAACAAAAUCAAACUUCACAUAAAAAAAUGUUAAUCAAACUCUUAACCAUUGAAAGAUAAAAGAAAGGAAAAAAAAAUUGUCUGAGAGUAAGUUGAAAGCCUUAAAGAAAGUAGCCCCAUCAGAUUACAAAACCAUUAAGAAAUGUCCCCUUAGAACCCAACACACAGACCUUCCUUGUCCCCCGUUCACAUUUCUUAUAAGACCUCCCCUUUUAUGUUUCUCAAUGCCCCACUUUCCUCCUUCAACCCAACCCCAUUAACCCCAAAGUCAUAUAACUCUUCUCUAUGUGCACCAUUUCCUAGUGUGCUCGUGUGCCUAAAAAUAUUUUAACCCCUCUCUCUCUCUCUCUCUCUCUCUCUCCCAAUUUUCACUCAGUCACUCACUCUCUUAUUCUCUUUUUUUGGGUGAAAUACAGUCUCUUAUUCUCUACCAAACCCAAAAAUGGCUUCUGGGGCUGGCAGUAAUGGCUCUGGCACUGGCUCUCCUUGUGGGGCAUGCAAGUUUCUGAGGAGAAAGUGUGCCUCUGACUGUAUCUUUGCACCUUAUUUUUGCUCUGAGCAAGGGCCUGCUCGAUUUGCUGCCAUUCACAAAGUGUUUGGUGCUAGCAAUGUGUCCAAAUUGUUGUUGCAUGUCCCUGUUCAUGAUCGUUGUGAAGCUGUUGUCACAAUUGCCUAUGAAGCUCAAGCAAGAAUCAGAGAUCCUGUUUAUGGAUGUGUGGCUCACAUUUUUGCCCUGCAACAACAGGUGGCAUGUUUGCAAGCACAAUUGAUGCAAGUAAGGGCUCAACUGGCUCACCAGAGCCUUGUUGAUUCAAGGAACAUAGAGAGCACUCAGUGGCCAGGGAAUGUGAAUGGAGUCACAAACUUUCCAAAUUAUCCAAGUUACAUGAAUCCUAUUUCACCUCAGAGCUCGCUUGAAUCCAUUGACCACAACUGCAGUGAUAUUGCUAUGAAUAUGCAGGAGAUACAAAGCAGCAGAGAUGACUUCUCAUACCAAGCUUGUUCUAAGAAGAGACCAUACAAUGGUGACUUGGGGGAGCUUCAGGCACUGGCCCUCAGAAUGAUGAGAAACUGAAUCAAUCUGUCAUCAUGUUUCUUUCAAGAUUAUGAGUCAUAUGACUGGUCUUUCAGAUGUGCUAUGCCCAAAGAUGUAUAUACUGAGCUUGUCUUUUUGUUUGAAGAACAAGAAAUUAGCACCUUAAGUCA